UCGAGGGUUACGUGUCAUAUGCCUACUACUGACAUCACUUGCGUCUUCCUUUUCUCUUGUCCUCUUUCGUAAUCAUUAAAGUAAGUACCUUUUAAAAAAAAUAAAGAAACCAACGGUGGGAGAGGAAGCAGAGAGAGAGAAAAUAAAAAAAACAGAAAACGAGAAAACCAGAGAUUCAUCAAUUCAUUGAUUCUUUAGUUCUUCUUCGUCCGUCUAACCUUAGAAACUUAUAGCUACAGCGAGAGAAGACGAAGAAGAAUAAGAAUAAGAAGAAAGAAAAUUGAAUGGCGGCAAGAGCCAACAACAAAUACACCUCUAUCAACUUCAACCACAUCCUUCACAAAGAUCCUCCUUCAUCUUCUUCAUCUUCCUCCUCUGCUUCUUAUUCCUCCGUCGCUCGUUCCAAUGGCCGUAUGCUCGUCCUCACCAAAUCUUCCCCCAAACCUCUAAGAUCUCCCUCCGCUGCUCCCACCACCACUACGACCGCACCUCCUAUCUCUACAGCUCCGAGGAUUCCUUCAAAUCAAGCCAUCUCUGAUCCAGAUCCGAGUCAGAUCUCUCUUCGUCCCUUAGGUCAUACAGGAUCUAGUUCCUCGCUUUCUUUUCCAAUUCGGACUCCUGAAAUCAACAAGGCUCCGGAGGUAAAUGCUCCAACUCCGGUUUCAUUGUCCCCGAAACCUGAUCGGUUCGUGCCGCCGCAUCUUAGGCCAGGUUUUGUUCGGAAAGACGAGAAACCUGGACUCAACUCUUCUCGAGUUAGAGAUCCGAAUCCGAAUCUGAAUCAGAGAUUGCCUAACCAGGAACAGCCACGGCAGGAAUAUUUCGGUUAUGGACAGCCCGGACGGCCCAAAUCGGGCGGGUAUGAGAGGAUCCGUACGGAUCCGAGAAUAACCGGAAACCGACCCGGCACCUCCGGAUGAUGAGCUUGCUGGGAUGAUGCCUAGUUAACUCACUCGAUGAUGGAGGUGGAACUUUACUUACUUCUGAACGUUGAAAACAGUGACUUGUCAUUUCUCACUUCUUUUGAUCAAACCAGAGAUUAUCAAAGACCAACCCCCAAGAUUCAGUAGAUUUGUAGAAGAAUGUUGUUUUGGGAUCAGGCUGGGUGAUACUAUGACACAAAUAACACUUGUUCUCUUACUUGUCUCACUCAUGUUUCAAAAACUUUGUUUAUGUAACUAUAAUUCUGUUAUAGCACGUGUUGUUUAGGUAUUAAUCUAUAGAUUCUAUUACCAUUUGGUUUAUAAGAAAAACAUUUGUUUCUGGAUGUAUGUUUCAGCAAAAGAAAUUUCCACUUUUGUUUAUUUCACC